AUGUUAUCGAUUCUCGCAGUCGGCCCAGUGUGCGCUCGGCAAGGAAAAGAAAAGGGGCGGCGCGAGCGGGAGAGCGGUGUGGCCGGCGGAGCACAGGUGAGCGGUCAGAGCCGGCGGCCAGCGGCGUCACGCCGGGCGGGGCUGCCGCCGGGCAACGCGCCGCCCACGCCGAGCCAAAUGUCAUCCCGCGCCGCGGCCGCAGCAGCCGACACGCCGCCCCGAGUCCGGCCGCGUGCUCUCAGUAGUCAUACGCGGGCGAACGGCGGGCGGCCGAGGCGGGCUGCGCGGCGCGGGGCGGCGCCAGCGCGGGCGGCGGCGGCCGCGGCCGGGCCGGGCGGGCCGUGUGCGCGCGCGCUCUGCGCACCACCCCCACCCCGCCCCCGCAAGACCGCCGCCCCCACCCCGCAACGCGUCAAGCCGCGCCGCGCCGCGCCGCGCCGCGCCGAUACCACCCCACGCAACCCCGCCUCAUGA